GCGUCUGGACGUUGCUUUCGGGUGUCUUCAACGGAGAUUGGCAGUUGACGCUUGUUGUGUUUUGUCAGGAAAGCUACAAGAGCUACGAGGCUACGGACGUGUAGAAAAUGAACAGAAUAUUCGGUCGCGGGAAACCCAAAGCCCCUCCUCCGAACCUGUCGGACUGUAUCGGCAACGUGGACGCCAGGUCGGAGUCCAUAGAGAAGAAGAUCAGCAGGCUGGACGCUGAGCUGGUGAAGUACAAGGAUCAGAUGAAAAAGAUGAGAGACGGACCCUCCAAGAACAUGGUGAAGCAGAAGGCGAUGAGAGUCCUGAAGCAGAAGAGAAUGUAUGAAGGUCAAAGGGAGCAGCUGGCUCAGCAGUCGUUUAAUAUGGAGCAGGCAAACUACACAAUCCAGACGCUGAAGGACACCAAAACAACAGUGGAGGCCAUGAAGAUCGGCGCGAAGGAAAUGAAGAAGGCUUACAAGGACGUCAAGCUCGAUCAGAUUGACGAUUUACAGGAUCAGCUGGAGGACAUGAUGGAAGACGCCAACGAGGUCCAAGAGGCCCUGAGCCGCAGCUACGCCACUCCAGAGAUCGAUGAGGAUGAUCUGGAAGCAGAGCUGGAUGCGCUGGGUGAUGAGCUGCUGCUGGACGAUGACAGCUCCUACCUGGACGAGGCCUCGGCUGCUCCGUCCAUCCCUGAGGGAAUCCCGAGUGACAGCAAAACAAACAAGGAUGGCGUGCUGGUGGAUGAGUUCGGCCUGCCACAGAUUCCUGCCACAUAAACAAGGAGGAUGCUCACUCAGCUGCACUACAACUAAAACACUUUUAUAUGUCUGCUAACAUUUGUACAUGCAGAACCAUUUGACUUGAGACCGCUCCGGUUCUGGAGCAGUCCUGGUGUUGGGUUUCUUAUCGUUACUACUAGCGCUAGUUUUGCGUGUUAUUCAGUCAUUACCGUUUUGUUUGAGUUCGCACGAAGCCUGUUUAAAACGCCUGCAGGGUGAUCUGAACAAAAUAAAUGACGUGUUUUAAAUGAA